UAUUUUUUAUUAAUAAUGGAUUCGAAGUUGCCAGACGCUAAUACUGCGUCAAGCAGUCGCCGUUCUAGCAGAACAGGGGACGAGCAUUCGCUGGGCGAUUCGGAGCUGCGGGAUUCGGUGGGCAGUGAAAGUGUAGGUGAGCCGGAGAGACUUAAGCGUAAGAUGGGCAACUGGGUAUUUGAGAGUGUGGGUGGCUUCUAUAUGCCCAUGGAGGAUGUUACGAAGUUAACGGUGCAACGGCAAGAGGAGCUGCUCAUACGCAAUCUCAUUUAUGCGUUUUCGGGCGUGCCCGCCUCCCACAUACGCCCCGAUAUACCCAUCGAAGAAGUCUCGCAGCUGCGCGCCAAUCAGAUCGAAAAGGUGCGCUUCAAGAUCAAUGAGAACUUCAGUGGAGCCUUUCGCGCCUUGGCCAACGAGCUGCUCCCAUUGAUCGGCUACUACAUCACUGUGCAGAGCUUCAUUGAGGAUAUGAACAUGACAACGGGAUGUGGUCGCUCCUUGGGCUUGGCUCUGCACAACAGCAUGCAGCAGUAUUUCGAGAUGCAGGCGGGGCUCGAGACGCAGCUGCAGGAGAAGAAGCUGAAUCUGCAUCAGCUGGUGCAGCUUCUGCGUCCCUGGCUGGUCACAAUGCAAUCCCUGGCCAACUUAACCAGUCGGGUGCGCUCCUUGAAGCUGAAUAGCGCUCAGAUGCUCUCGCUGAUUUAUGAUCAUCACGCGCACUUCAAGUGCGACCGGUUGAAGGUGCUGCUCACAGACGUCUCCCACUACUACAUGAAGAUGGUGCAGCUGUGGACGCAGAAGGGCGUUCUCUACGACAUGCGCAAAGAGUUCUUCAUCGAGGACACCAACGCGAGCGACAUGAGCAGCACCUUGCUAUCGCCGAAGCAGUGCUGCCACGCCUAUUGGGCGAAACGCUAUCGCCUGCACUUGAAUCGCCUGCCGAGCUUCCUGGAACCGGAAGCCGAGUCCAUUCUGCUGGCUGGAAAGUACCUCAAUGUUCUGCGUCAGUGCAACGUGCAGAUGAAGCUGAUGCAGGCCUCACUCAGCUAUGUGCCAGAUGAGCAGACACACGUGCAGCUGAUCCAGAGCAGCUAUGAGCUGCCCGCGCAGAAGCUGUACGAGGUCCUGGUGCAGGACCAGGAUCUGCUGCAGCAUCUGGAUAAUCUGCAGGCAUAUUUUCUGCUGCAGCAGCUGGACUUCAAUGAGGCGUUGAUUGAAUACUACUCGGAUCAGCUACAGUGCAAUGUGGACGAUCUAAGGCCAGAGAAGCUGCACAAGAUCACGCUGAAGUUACUGCAGUACAGCUCAGAUCCAUUCAAGCAUCUGCUGCGCAGUCAGCUGAUGGACUGUGAUGUGGCUACGCAAUUAACCAGGCGGAUGAAACGUCUAAAAGCUGGCACGGAGCAGCAGAUGCAGGAGACUGAACCAGAGACCAAAGAGGAGCAGUCAGAGCAAACAGUGCGAACGAAGCAGGAGGAGCAGACGGAGCCAGUGAAGCAACUGGAAAAAGUGGAACAGGGGCCGCCAGUGAAGCAACUAGAGCAAGUGCAGCAGCCGCCAGCUGAAUUGGAGUUGUCCAGUGAGGCGGAAGAUAGCAUUGAUUUGCCAGAGCAGCUUGCACUCUACGGUUAUGAGGCUCUGACGCUGCGCUAUGAGCCCAAGUGGCCGAUCAGCCUAAUCCUUCAUGAAGAGGCACUGGAGCAGCUGCAGCUGCUGCAUCGCGUGCUCUUCUAUCUGCACUACGUGCAACGAAAGUUGAGCUCAACCAGCAGCAACAACGCACGUGCUGUGGCGCUGCACGCACGCAUGCUGCAGUGCAUCCAACAGCUGGAGCAGCACAUGACCCAGGACGUUGUAAAGCCUCGUUGGCAAUCGCUGUUGGACAAUGUGCAGAAGGCAGAGUUUGUGGAUGAGCUGAUGAAACUGUUUCAGGGCACCCUGGACAGCUGCCAGGUGAUGUGCCUGCUCUCCGAGCCGGUGACCUUCGUGCGCUCCCUCUACACGCUGGGUCAACUCUGUCUCAACUACAAUCUCUUCCUGGAGCGCCAGGACAGCGAGCAGAGCUUCGACUCCAGCCUGGCCGAGUAUGAGCAGGAGUUCAAUGGGCUGCUCAUUGGCAUAUUGGACCUGCUCAUCGAGCUGGCCAGGUCAAACAGUUCGUGCGGCAAUGAGGAGCGCCAAUCCUGCCAGCAGCUGCUGCGGCGCCUCGAAGAAAUUAGCCAGGAGUUGGCUUAGUUUACGUUCGAUUUUAUUUAUUUUUUCCUGUUUUUAACCAUUCCAAAUUUAAAGUAGCUAAAAAAUUGAUAAAUCUUCAGGUGUUUGCAGCAAGACGCAGCAGGUUGCAGCAACCUGCCUCAAGAGCUUUGGCUCUAACUUUGGGUUAUUCUUA